UCUCUCUCAUCGGUGAAGCUGGCACGCAAGCAGCGUCGCGUCAGUUGCGGCAGCUCGUGCUUCAUCAGCUCCGGGGUUUUCUACUGUUUGUUUCUGGAGACAGAUAAAGAGAUCAGAUUCAGAUCGGAUCGGACCGGAUCGUCGCUGUUCUUCAGAUAUGCUCGUGAUUUAGAGGCGUCGGUCAUCAGUUUGUGUCGGACAGAAAGGAAUGAGAUCAGAUCAUCAAUGUUUCACUGGGGCAAGUGGAAGAAGAGGAUGGGCGCGAACAGUUCGUCCAAGAGACCGGUGUUCGACGAUAAAGAGGACGUAAAUUUCGAUCACUUCCAGAUUCUCAGAGCCAUUGGUAAAGGCAGCUUUGGGAAGGUGUGUAUCGUACAGAAGCGGGACACAGAGAAGAUGUUUGCUAUGAAGUAUAUGAACAAACAGCAGUGCAUUGAGCGGGAUGAGGUGCGAAACGUCUUCAGAGAGCUGGAGAUCUUACAGGAGAUUGAACAUAUGUUUUUAGUCAAUCUAUGGUACUCAUUCCAGGACGAGGAGGACAUGUUCAUGGUGGUUGACCUGCUGUUAGGAGGAGACCUGCGUUACCAUCUUCAGCAGAACGUCCCCUUCACUGAGGAAGCUGUAAAACUCUACCUGUGUGAGAUGACUCUGGCGCUGGAUUACCUGCAGAGUCAGCACAUCAUACACAGGGACAUCAAACCUGACAACAUUCUGCUGGAUGAACAAGGUCACGCACAUCUGACGGACUUCAACAUCGCUACAAUAAUCAAAGACGGUGAACGAGCCACAGCCCUCGCUGGUACCAAACCAUACAUGGCUCCAGAGAUCUUUCAGUCAUUCAUGAGCGGAGGAUCAGGUUAUGCCUUUGAGGUUGACUGGUGGUCGUUGGGUGUGACCAUUUUUGAGGUUCUGCGAGGUUGGAGGCCGUAUGAUAUCCACAGCAGUAAUUCAGUGGAGUCUCUGCUGCAGUUGUUCAGUACAGUCAGUGUUCAGUAUAGUUCAACCUGGCACAAAGAUCUCAUCUCACUGCUGAGAAAGUUAUUGACGGUGAACCCCGAGCAUCGUUUCUGUGGUCUGGCUCAGAUGCAGACGGCGCUCUAUCUCUCUGAUGUCAACUGGGAUGAUGUUUAUGAGAAGAAAGUGGAGCCCGGGUUUGUUCCCAAUAAAGGUCGUCUGCACUGUGACCCGACUUUUGAGCUAGAAGAGAUGAUCCUGGAGUCUCGUCCUCUACAUAAGAAGAAAAAACGACUGGCCAAAAACAGAUCCAGAGAUAACAGCAAAGAUUCUCAGUCUGAGAACGAGUAUCUUCAGGAAUGCCUUGAAGUCGUCCAGCAGGAGUUUAUGAUUUUCAACCGUGAAAAGUUAAGGCGUCGCCAGGAGGAGGAGACUGUUAUGGGAGGUGAUGGGGAUGGAGAAGGAGCGGAGGCUGAAGAUGGAGAUCCAGACGCUGAGGGAGGAACGGAGGACGAAGAGGCGGAGCUUGAACCAGAGACCUCUAAACUGAGCAUGUGCGGCUCUGUCUGCUCGUCUCCAGGAAGCUGCUAGCGUAAUCACUAUGCCUUUAAAACCCCCGAGCAGAACUCUGAAGGACCCUGACGGCGGCACAGGUGAACCAGCACAGGUGUACAGACGGUCCGGGUCUCAAUUUACUCUUUUACAUCUCCAUACAUGUGUUGCCUGUAGGUCGCUCUCUAGAAUAAAUGUAAACUUCUAUGCAACAUGAUUUUUAGCAUGAUGUAAAUAGAGAUUUUAGAGACUAUUAAAUGAAGGAUAUUUUGAGUUUAAA